ACUCCAGUCCAGUCUUGUUGGCUCCUCGCGUUUCUAACUUUCUCCUUUUUCGCCGCAUUUGAACACUUUUACUCAUAUUUUCAACCAUGGAUUUCUCCACAACAGAACGCCGUCUUCAAAUUGGAUAGUUUUUUGCGAUUAUCGGUAGUUUAGCUCGCUUUUUUAUCUCAAUAGUCAGUGUUUCCAGCGUGUUUGGGAUUGAGAAGAUCAGCAUGGCAGGGACGUUACAGCACCCGGGAUACGAGCAGGAGAGUCUGCAGAGAGCCUGCGAGCAGCUGCCCUGCAGGGAGCUGCAGGCCGGGUCACUGCUGGCGCUCAUGGGGCAGCCAGAGCAGUGCUGCUACCCGUCAAUCUUCAUAUACGGUCACCGCGCCUCGGGGAAGAGCCAUGUGAUAAAUGUAUUAAUGAAGGGGCUGGAGCUGCCUCACACCACAGUCAGCUGCGUGGAGAGUGUGUCCGUUGCCCUGCUGUUUGAACAAGUCCUGCUGUCGUUCUUCGGCUGCGACGCCGUCUCGCAGCUGCCCCGCGCCCCGUCCUUGUCCGACUUCGUGCGCGUUUACCGACAGCAGGCGUCUCAGUCUCCUGCCAGCCAGACCCGAUACAUCGUAAUGGAAAAGGCUGAGCUUCUGAGAGAAACCGAUGCCCAUCUCCUCCCCGCUCUGCUUCGUCUACAGGAACUGGUCGAGGACAACGUCACCGUCAUCCUGCUGAGUGAAAUCGUUUGGGACCAAUUCCGACCAAACACCGGCUGUUUCGAGCCACUUCUGCUCCAUUUCCCUGACUACAGUAAAGGUGAGCUGCAGCAGAUUUUAUGUCAGGACAGACAUCCUUCAUAUUCAGCUGAGUUUUACUCCUCCUACAUCAACAUCCUGCUGGGAGUCUUUUACUCGGUCUGUCGAGAUCUCAGGGAGCUGCGACAUCUGGCUGCCCUCAACUUUUCAAAGUUUUGUGAGCCUUUGGCAGCAGGGAAAGCGAAGGAGACGGACACCCACAAGCUGUGGAAAAACAUUGAGCCUCAUUUGAAGAAAGCAAUGCAGACAGUUUACCUGCGCGAGGUGUCCAGUCUUCGGUGGGAGCAGAUGCAGCAAACGGAGGACAACGAGACGGGGGCCUUGAGAGGUUUAUCAGCUCACACGCACGUUGAACUGCCGUUCUACUCCAAGUUCCUGCUGAUCGCUGCGUAUCUGGCUUCCUACAACCCUGCACGCACAGAUAAACGCUUCUUUGUAAAGCACCACGGUAAAAUUAAGAAAACAAACUUCUUGAAGAAAAAUGAAAAGACAAGUAACCACCUGCUGGGACCAAAGCCGUUCCCUCUGGACCGCCUGCUGGCCGUUUUCUACAGCGUGGUGGACAGCAGAGUCGCUCCCACCGCCAGCAUCUUCUCCCAGAUCUCCUCCCUGGUGACCCUGCAGCUGCUGGCUCAGGUCAGUCACAACGACCAGCUCGAUGCCCCCAAGUACAAAUGUGCCGUUUCUCUGGAUUUCAUUUGUGCAAUAUCCAGAACGGUGAACUUUGAUAUCAUGAAGUAUCUGUACGACUUCCUGUGAGCCGGCAGCACGCGAGCGAGAGAUGACAUGCAGUGACAGUAAGAUAAAGAUGGAUCUCUGUCUGCAAGAAUGUACUAAAGGACAAGCAUUUGACUGAAAAAGGAGUCAAAAUUACUGCUUUGAUCAAAGAAAUUAAUCGGUUUAUGUUGCUGCCCCCUUGUGUCUGAUCAAUGAACUUGUUGCUGCGCUUGUUAAGUUUUAAUCAUGUUAAAUAUUAGCACUUGUACAAAAUAAAUACUAUG